CGCAGCGUCUCAUCCUCGCCGUACGGGCGCACACACGUCUGGAAACAUCGCCAGCGGAAGCUGCCCCCGCCAUUCGUGCCGCAGUUCCCUCAGCGCGUGACCCGCGCGGAUGGCUCGACGUUCACACAAUACACGACCUCGCCGCGCUCCGAGGUGCUCCUCACGCGCGACACGACGAACAAUCCGCUCUGGAACGCGAGCAAGUGGGUAGCGGAGAGCGAGGACGAGGACGAGGUCACUGGCCGUCUCGGAAGGUUCAACCGUCGCUUUGACGGCCUCGGCGGUUUCGACAUGGACAUGGAGUUCUUGAAUGAG